AGAUGGUACCAGAAGCUGCUGGACGCCGGGGUUGAGGAGAACGGCAUCAAGCCUGUGCCCGUCGGACAGCGGACCUCGACCCAGUACAGCAGCCUCUUCACCGUCUUCUUCAGCUGCCUGCUCUGCUUGCUCCCCAUUCCGACCGGCAUGCUGGCCACGCUCAGCAUGGGCAUGUCCCUGCGGGAUGCGUCGCUUAUCAUCUUGUUCUUCGCCCUCCUCACAUGUAUUCCGCCUGCGUUCAUGGGAAUCGGCGGCCUCGAGACGGGUCUGCGCCAGCUCGUCCAGGCGCGGUACUCGUUCGGGCUGUACCUCGUAACAAUACCGCUCCUGCUGAACGCCGCCACCGUCACGGGCUUCUCCCUGCUCUCGUCCAUCGUCGGCGGGCAAACGCUCGCUUCCCUGAACCCCGACACGGUCAGCGUCAACAUCGGCAUCGUGGUCGUGUGUCUUGUCUCGUUCGCCCUCUCCCUGCUCGGGUUCAACGCCCUCCACUUCUGGGAGCGUUGGGCCUGGAUCCCGAACCUGAUCUCCAUCGUCAUUGCUGUCGGCUGCGGUGGCAAAUACCUCUACCUCCAGAACGAUGCCGAGCCCGCAAACCCCUCGCGGGUUUUGACUUACGGCGGCCUCAUCGCGGGAUAUUUCAUCACCUUUGGCGGCACUGUGUCUGACUACUCCAUCUACCACAACCCACGUGGCGUGUCCAAACUCAAGAUCUUCCUCUAUAUCUACGCCGGCCUGCUCCUGCCAUCCGUCCCGCUUCUGAUCCUCGGCGCCGCCAUCGGCGGGGCCGUGCCCAACGUGCCCGCGUGGAAGGCCGCGUACGCGGCCACGGGGAUCGGCGGCGUCAUGGGCGAGAUGCUGGCGCCCGCCGGCGGCUUCGGCAAGUUCGUGCUCGUCAUGCUGGCGCUCAGCGUCAUCGGCAACAUCGCCAUCUCCAUGUACAGCGUGGCGCUGAACCUGCAGAUGCUGCUGCCCUUCUUCGCCCGCGUGCACCGCUUUGCCUUCAUCCUGGCGACCAUGGCCAUCAUGAUCCCCUUUGCCAUCCGCGCCGCCGAGGCGUGGGAGGAGAGCCUGACGAACUUCCUGGCCGUGAUCGGGUACUGGGCCGGCUGCUUCGACGCGGUGCUGAUCGUCGAGCUGGUCGCGUUUCGCCGGAUGGACUACUCGACGUUCGAUCAUGCGUUUUGGAACGUCGGGCGGAAGCUGCCGCCGGGCAUUGCUGCUGUCGCGGCGUCGCUUGUCAGCAUGGUGCUGGUCGUCCCUGGCAUGGCCGAGCCGUGGUACACGGGGCCAAUCGCGGCGCAGACCGGGGAUAUCGGGUUUGAAACGGCGUUCGCCGUGACCGCAAUCAGCUAUCUUGCGUUCCGCUGGCUGGAGAUUAGGUGGAGGGGACAUCUGUAG